GUGGACACGUGGGACAGCUGUUCAAACUCUGCCUCGUUGACUUCUCGGGGAAAUGGAGACUUGUUUUGAACUCAGGUGAGACUCGGGACCGAGGAGCAGGAAGUGAGUGGAAAUCUUCUCUCGACAAAGACAGACGCAGCUGUGACGCUACAACAUCUGGAUACAGAUGUGUUGGAGGAGAAGCGGUCACAGAGUUCACCUCCAGAGACUCAGAGUUAAUUCAGACUCAGCUCCUUCAGGCAGGGGCCGAAAACAUCCAGGCACCAUUCUAGAUCCAGUAAGGUGCACAUUUAAGUCAUCCCUUGUUUACUGAUAGAAAGAUGGAUAGAUAGUUUUUGCAUUAUGAUUUUUCCAAAAAGGAGUAAAUUGAUUAUGAAAAACUUCCUCGCUGUUCACUCUGUAUAAGACAAGAGCCUGGACCAUGAUAUUAUAGCUGCCUCUCACACUCACAGACCAACUAAUGUCAGAUCAGUCUGUGACGGCUCACAGCUCCAGUCCUUAACAGGGACACUGGGAUUCGACCGAGGACCCGACUUCUCUGGAGUCCCACAGUCCCUCCCCUCGUUGUCCCGGCCUGGCCAGGGUCCCGGGUCGCCAUGUGGCAGCCGAGCCAGGACGAGGUCCUGCACAUGCUGCAGCAACUUCCUGCUGUUCCACCACACUCCUUAAACAAGUUCAAGGUCCUGCCUCCCAUAGAGCGCAGGCGGUCUGAGGUGAGUCCUGGAGGACGGCUGGACAGAAACAUCCUCAGCCUGUCUGACGAUACCAUCCUGCAGCAGAGGCGGACCUCCAGCUCCGAGGGGGACAACAGGGCCGAUGUGUCUCUCAGGAUGUGGCCUAACACCUCAGACCCGGAACCGCUGGGGGCCAAAGACGGCGCCAGCGUUGGUUUGCUGUUGGCAGUUCGAGCACCGUGCGGCAGGAGGUUUCAGCAGCACUUUGAGUCCACAGACACUCUGCUGACGGUGAAGGCCAGUGCAGAGGACAGGUUCACAGAGACGUAUGGGGAGGUCUCCAUCGAGACUAUGGACGUGCCGCGCAGGAGCUUCACGGACAUGAACAUGACUCUGGCCCAGAGCGGCAUCAUGAACAGAUCAGUGCUGUGCAUCACGCAGAAUAAUAAUGACGGCGUGGAGCAACAUGAUUGAGCUGAAACCAUUUAAAGUUUAACACUUGACAUUUGGCUGCGUUGAUAUUUGCAGCCUCCUCCUCCGCCGUUGUUUAGCUUAUUUGGACGCUUGACAAAUUAUAUAAAAUGCACUUUUAAAUUACAGCUGCUCUCCUGCUUGGAAACUGUGUAAAUAUGAAUUCAUUAAGUUAGAUUUGUACUUUUAAUGUCACACACUUCCUCUGUAUGUGUGGGGUCGUUAUACUGGAGACAUCAAAAAGACACAAAUACAAAAUCCCAGGAGAAAUAAAUAAAAACUGGAACAGAGCUCGGUAGAGAACAAACCAACGCACAACUUAGUUUUUAUUGUAGUAAUAUAUUGAAAAAAGGAAGUCAUCAAAUAACCCACAUUUAUGUGAAACAUGAGUAUAAAAUAUAUUCUGUAUUCGUAC